AAUAAUAUAUUGCCAAGUAGAUAUUUUUGCGCAGAUAUUCUCCAGCCAUAACAAAAAUAUCUUAUGGAUACUAAAGUCGUCGGACUUAAAGGUGUUAUAAAGGUUUCAGGGUUACAAUGAAGUUGCUUUCCAUUUCAAAUUUUCUGACAUUAACAUUUACUAUCUACAAUAUAAAAACUCAAGUUUUGUAUCCUACCGAAAAUUUCAUCAAAGAUAGUGUUUACAGUCAGAUUUGGGCGAUAGAGGAAGGACUGACUGCCACACUAGAAAGACUUAAGGAAAAAGAGAAUGAAUUUCAGGAGAAGGAGGAUACAUGUAUUAUUAAGGAAAAAGAGACAGAAAUUAAUACGUUAAAAGAAGAAAAUGUUAAGCUGAAGGAAGUGAAUGAUAACUCAUACGAAUAUUUCUUGAAUGAGAUCUGUAACCGUCAACCUCAACUGGCCUUGGCUCAUCGGUAUGAAUGUCAACUUUAUUAUAAUUGUUCAGCCAGGACCUCUUUGGGAGCUUGGGAGCCCCUCUCCCAUUUGUUUGAGUGCACAUAUCCUUACGUCUUUUCCGUUACAACACACCAAUGUAAAAACUACACGGAAGUAGAUUGUGGGAAUAGAUCUCUUCCUGUUUGGGAAUGCCAAUACCGCAGGAACAAAUGUAAGUACGGAGGUCGUUGUGUCCCGUGUGAGCACCUGUACCCACCAUGCAUCGGUAAAGCAGACGGCCUGUGGCCAUGGGUGGCGAAAUAUCCAUCACCCUAUUACACGAUUUGUAAAGAUGAAAGAUCAAUCUCCACUGGUAAUUGCGAGACAGAUUCUGAAUGGAACUCGGAAGCGUUUCCUUACAAUGGCACCUGCACUUCACGUUUCAACAUACCUACGUCAUACGGAGGACUUUUACCUUCAUGUGCCGGGAAGUCUGAUGGAAGCUACAAAUUUUCUGAAAGAUGUGAUGCAUAUUAUGCAUGUAAUAAUGGAGUAGCCAGAGCUGUCAAAUGUAGCUCAGGGUUUAAUUUUGAUGCUAAUUCCGGUUCUUGUCAGUAUAUGGCAAACUGUACAUAAUACAUAAUAUAUCCAUUAUAUACAAAAUGUGUCGUUUCAAACUUUGAUCCACCUAAUAGUAUUUUUUUAGUAUUUGUUUGACAUGUUUGAAUAAA